GUGGAUGCCCCAUCCCUCCAUUCAAGGUUGGUGGCGGGUGCGCCGGUGUCUCUCUCAGCCCCUCGUCAACCGGAUGGUCACACUGCCACGCCAUCGCUACACGCAGUAGUAACUGCACUGGCAUAGCGACACGGCAGGCACACGCUUCUUCCCCGUGCUUGCAGUCGCAGUGCAGCUGUUCCCACACUACACCCCGUCAGUCUCGGCCACUGCAUAGUCUCAAGAAGCAGAAAUGGAGUUGCCAAGAUCCAUGGCCGUUCUUGUGCUCGUGUUCGUCGUCUUGUGCCGAGUGGGGGAGGCGGCGACGUUCACGUUCGUGAACCGGUGCACGGACACGGUGUGGCCGGGCGUCCUGUCCAACGCCGGGAGCCCAAGGCUGGAGCCCACGGGGUUCGAGCUCCCGCCGGGCGCGGCGCGCGCGGUGCCGGCGCCGGCGGGCUGGUCAGGCCGAAUGUGGGCGCGCACGGGCUGCUCCCAGGAUGGCGGCACGGGGCGGCUCGUCUGUGCCACGGGCGACUGCGGCUCCGGCUCAGCCGAGUGCUCGGGCGCGGGCGCGGCGCCGCCGGCCACACUGGCCGAGUUCACGCUCGACGGCAGUGGCGGGCUGGACUUCUACGACGUCAGCCUCGUGGACGGCUACAACCUCCCCGUGCUGGUGGAGACCUCCGGCGGCGGAGGCUCCACGGGGCCAGCCUCGUGCGCCGCGGCCGGGUGCGCGGCGGACCUGAACGCGAUGUGCCCCGCCGAGCUCCGAGCCGGGGGCGGCGGCGCGUGCCGGAGCGCGUGCGACGCGUUUGCGCGGCCCGAGUACUGCUGCAGCGGCGCCUUCGCGUCCCCGGCGGCGUGCCGGCCGACGGCCUACUCGCAGGUGUUCAAGACCGCGUGCCCGCGCUCUUACAGCUACGCAUUCGACGAUCCCACCUCCACAUUCACCUGCGGCGGCGGCCCGGACUACACCGUGACAUUCUGCCCCGGCGCCACCCCAAGCCAGAAGUCGACGACCAUGCCGAGCGCGACGCCGACGAUGGUGCCGGGGGGGACAACGACGACAGUGCCAGGGGCGACGCCCACGACGGUGCCGGGGACGAUGCCAAUGCCGGGCGCGACCCCAGCGUUGCCGACAGGGACCAUGAUGCCGGGCACUACGUUCACGGACGCCACCCCGGACAGCGGGAUGCCGAUGGGUGGUGGUGGUGGCCUGGGCAUCGAGGGCGGGGAACAAGGCAGCGUGCUACUCGGAGCCAGCAGCGGCGAAGGCGGCGUCUCUUGGCUCGCCAACAUGGCCACCGGCGACGCGUCCGCCGCGGGCGCCCCGCUGGUGGCUUCGGCUCGGUUCGUGGUGGCGACAUUGCUCUGCGGCCUCCAUUUGCGGCGGCUUCUGCUGUAGUGGUGAUGGAGAGGGUAGAGGAAACCCACUCGUACGUAGUAGCACUGUACUGUACCUUACCUUACAUUGUAGCAGUGUCUGUAGAUGAUUACUAUCAAUUGAUGAUGUUGAGUUAGUCGCAGGAUUAGACACUUGUGUCUGCUAGUACUGGUUCUGGUUCUAGUUCUAGUUCUAGAGAAGAAAUUAAUGCAUGCUUGCGGGUGGGCAUUGAUUGAUUAAGUUAAUCGCCGUCGUGCUAUGUUGUUUGUUGCCACUGUUUGUUCAUGCGUGGCUCGAGGUUGGCGGGGAACACGGGCCUGGCAUGGUCUCAGAGAAGACUGCCUGGAAUAAAAAACAUACUGGUGUCCUGUGUUCACUCUACC